AUGGUGAUAUUGGUUUGCGUAUUUAUCCUUGUUUUCGGCCAACAUUGUUAUUUUGGAGUGGCGUUGGAAUCGUUUUCUCUGCGCCACGGGCUUCCCCUGGAACAGGACGAGCUGAAUCAAAACGGCUCUCUGGACCGCGUCAUUAUCAACUACAAUUCCGGCAAAACCCGAAACGAUUCCAGAAGGAUCACCCGAUCGAAUCGAGGACCUUACGCCGACAUGCUCAGCAGGAACAUCACGAUGGUGCUGGAAAAUUUAUUGGAAAACUACGAAAGCUCGCAACUUCCUACAUAUGGAAAAAAUUCUCCCACUGUCGUACAAACCAACAUUCUAAUAAGAAGCAUGGGACCCGUCUCGGAAUUAGAUAUGGAAUACUCGAUGGACUGUUAUUUCAGGCAGUAUUGGCGCGAUCAGAGAUUGUCGUUUUUGGGACCAAUAAAAUCUCUGUCGUUGUCGAUAAAAAUGCUGGAACGCAUUUGGAGACCGGACACGUAUUUCUAUAAUGGCAAAAACUCGUACGUUCACACCAUAACCGUUCCUAAUAAACUCCUGAGGAUCAGUCAAGACGGCGAUAUUUUAUAUUCCAUGAGGUUAACAAUCAAAGCGAAAUGCCCGAUGGAGUUGAAGAGCUUCCCGAUGGAUCGACAAUCGUGCCCGUUAAUUUUUGGGAGUUACGCAUACACAUCCAAAGAUUUAGUCUACAUGUGGCAAAACGGGCAAAGCGUAAACUUCAUACCAGGAAUGGCACUAUCCCAAUUCGAUCUCAUCAGCUUCCCUUACAGGAAUAUCACUUUGAAAAGACGAGAAGGCGAGUUUUCCGUACUGGAAGUGUCUUUCAACCUGCAGAGACACACUGGGUACUUUUUGAUCCAGGUGUAUGUUCCUUGCAUUUUGAUCGUCGUUUUGUCCUGGGUAUCCUUUUGGAUACACAGGGAAGCUACGAGCGAUAGAGUCGGAUUAGGAAUCACCACUGUGCUCACUCUAUCCACGAUCAGCUUGGAUUCCAGAACGGACUUACCCAAAGUCAGAUACGCCACCGCCUUGGAUUGGUUCAUCCUGAUGAGUUUCUUCUACUGCAUCGCCACGUUGCUGGAAUUCGCCGGAGUGCAUUACUUCACCAAAGUGGGAAGCGGCGAGAUACCGGUCGACGAGGACGAUUGGGAGGAUUGCAUCGAAUCCGAGGAGGAGAUCAUCGGCAGGGAAAUCGAGCUCGACAUGACCAGGAUCGACGAACGGAUCAGGAGAAGGAGCUCCAUCAUCUGCCCCAUUUACAACACUUCUCCGAUGAAUUGCGAGAGAAGGAAAUCGUCUUUUAUUCUGGUGAGCGAUCCAACUCCACCGCCGCCGUUGAUUCCUUCUACCGUGGAGAGGACCACUCAAACCGAGUUCAAGCUACCCAAAUGGAAGCAGCUGCUCUACUGCCUCAAAGGGGAUGAUAAAUUUCGACGGCAAAGGCAAAGGGAAGCUGCUGCUUCUAACUGUUCGGGUAAUUCUCAUGGUCGAGUUCGGCACGUGAACAGCGUUUCCCUCAUAGACAGAACUGCUCGCGUGGUGUUUCCUGCUUCGUUCGGUUUUUUCAAUCUGUUUUACUGGAUGGCUUAUAUCACGACGCAGGAGAAAUUCAAAUGGGGCGAUAUGAAAUUGAGCUCCGCCAAUCAUUAA